AUGAACGACUACCGGUCGAUUCCGGGCCUUGCAAGCCGCCUGUUCGGCGGUGAGGCCAGAGGAGGAGCAGCAGGACGGCACCAGGUCCGUGGUCAUCCUUCUCCGGCGGUACCCGUCAAGUGUCCUCGCUGCGACUCCACAAACACCAAGUUCUGCUACUACAACAAUUACAACCUCGCCCAGCCCCGUCACUUCUGCAAGGCCUGCCGCCGUUACUGGACCAAGGGCGGAAUCCUCCGCAACGUCCCCGUCGGCGGCGGCUGCCGCAAGUCCAAGCACUCCUCCACCUCAAAGCCCUCUGGCGGCCUCGCGUCGCCCAGAGAACCGUCGCCCUCAGGCCACUCCGACGGUCCCAAUUCAGCCAUCGCGGCCUCUAAUUCAGACGAAAACUCCAAUCCGACGGCUUACUUCAACCAGGAUGCGCGCGCGAGGGCUCCGCUAGCCUCGGAUGCGGAGAUCUUCGUCGAAACAGCAGUCUCGUCCGUGCUGGCUCCGACGAUACUCAGCGACUUCGGUGCUCUGCUACCGAUUUCGCUCCAGUGCCGGCAGAUGGCGGAGGCGGCGCAGAUCGGAGCACAGCCGGCGUACAUGCAUCAGACAGCAGCGCCGAUUCCACUGCAGCCUCUGCUAGACGCAGCAGAGGGGUUCAUGAAUUCGGCGCCGCCUCCGCCACAGAUGCUCCCGAUCCAAUUUAGGCCGAUUUCGGUGGAGGAGGUCGCGGCUCAGCCGAACUUUUUGGACCAGGCAGCCGUCGGAGGGAUGGGAUGGUCCGGGGGUACGAUGGAUCCGGCGAUCUUCGGCCUUUCUACAGCGGUGGAGCCGCCGGCGGCGGCGCGAGUGUAUUGGAGCGACGGCCAAUGGAGCGACGCCGAUCCCGCCCUCUUUCUCUCUUGA